GUGACUGUGGGGACAUUUUAGGGACCAGGAUUUUCAUCUGACUACUUCACAGCUUUGUUUCCCCCCCUUUAGAAACCACAGUGGACAUUCAUCAGUCCAAGGCAUAUUAGCUGAAGCUCUAGUUACGACAUACUUUUGGUAGUCACCAUGCCUCACCGUUUGGUAAUUGUACGUCAUGGCGAAAGCUCCUGGAACCAGGAAAAUCGGUUCUGUGGCUGGUUCGAUGCUGACCUCAGCGAGAAGGGAAGAGAAGAGGCUAAAAGGGGGGCUCAAGCCAUCAAAGACGCCAAGAUGGAGUUUGACAUCUGCUACACAUCUGUUCUGAAGAGGGCAGUGAAAACAUUGUGGUACAUCAUGGAGGGUACAGACCAAAUGUGGCUGCCAGUGCACAGGUCUUGGAGGCUGAACGAGCGUCAUUAUGGAGGGUUGACUGCACUCAACAAGGCAGAAACAGCUGAGAAACAUGGAGAGGAGCAAGUUAAAAUCUGGAGGAGGUCUUUUGACAUCCCUCCACCACCCAUGGGAGAAGAUCAUCCAUACUACAAACUCAUCACCAAGGAUCGGCGCUACGCUUCCCUGACUGCAUCUGAGCUGCCAUCAUGUGAGAGUCUGAAGGACACCAUUGCCCGGGCACUCCCAUACUGGAAUGACGUCAUCGCCCCACAGAUCCUUGCUGGCAAGAGGGUGCUGAUUGCAGCCCACGGGAACAGCUUGAGGGGCAUUGUCAAACAUCUGGAAGGAAUGUCUGAUGCAGCCAUUAUGGAGCUCAACCUGCCCACAGGAAUCCCUAUUGUGUAUGAGCUAGAUGACAAUUUAAAGCCGCUCAAGCCCAUGUCCUUCCUUGGAGAUGAGGAGACUGUGAAGAAGGCUAUGGAAGCAGUGGCUGCCCAGGGCAAGGUCAAGAAAUAAAGAAGAAGAAUAACACUUGGAGAAAGUAAUGUGGACUAUUAGAAUAAAUGCUUCUCUCAUGGUCCUUAGAACAUUUUAUCGUCAUAUAAAUCAUCUCAUUUUUUUCAA